GAUUCCGUGACGGGGACCGUGGUUUACCCUUUCCAAGGCUCGUGUUCGAUAUGUACAGUACUGCAGAGACCUGUCUUGUCAUGUCGAGCAAUCCAUCACUGUCACUGCCAGGUUCGUGCCGGACAUUGCCAUCAAUUGAUUCAGAUAUUAUUAGACUUGUCUUAGCUAUUGUGCGAAAAUGUUUUGAUCGUCGUGUGUAUCUUAUGUUGGGACAUUUACGUUCUUUUUCUACUUGAAUCUUGAUUAUAAUAAACUCUCGAGUCUUUCACUGUCGUUUGAGAUAUUCCUCAAGUCUUAACUUUCUGACAAACACCUGUCUAUCAUUUUCAUUAAAUUUUCACUCGCUAUACCAUCAAAAUGCGUCUCUCGCUGGUCUUGUCUCUUAUGCCUCUUGCAGGCUUCGUCGGAGCUCUCCAUGUCACCGAGCCCGAGAAGGGUGCCGAUAUCAAGGCUUCCGAUUCUCUCACUGUGAAGUGGACUUACGUUGACACCGAUGCUAAGAGCUUCAACCUCUACCUCGUCAACAACGCCGUGUACCCUCCCCUUAGCGAGAAGAUUGCAACCGACGUCAAGACUUCCGAUGGCUCUUACACCAUUGACAGCCUCGGCGUCUCUGCUGGAUCCGGCUUCCAGGUCAACCUCCAAUCCGACGUGACCCAGAACACCGGAAUCCUCGCCCAGUCCGAGCAAUUCAACGUCACCGGCUCCGCCCAGAGCUCCUCCACCUCCAGCACUACCAGCACUAGCACUUCUUCCAGCGCUUCGACUUCGGGCACUACUACCGGUACCUCCACUACCAAGACCCUGAUCACCGUCACCGGCACCAGCACCAGCUCGACCGGUACCGCUACCGGCUCCAAGACUACUGGUACUUCCGGUUCUACCGGUGCUGCUUCGUCGACUGGUGCUUCUGCUAGCGGUACCUCGUCGCAGACUGCUGUUCCUUCUACUGGUGCUGCUGCUGCUCUCAAGGUUGCCCCCGCUGCGGCCGCUGGUCUUUUGGCUGGUGCUUUGGCUUUCGGUCUGUAAGCUUGGGAUUUUUGAGGAUACAGCACUAGCUGAGAAGAGGUCGAAAAGACUGUCUUGGGGUGGUGAGGGGAUGAGAAGUGAUGAAAGUCGUGGGGAUGGUAGAAUUAGAUGGGGUUGAGGUGUGGAAUAGAUAUACACGGAUUUAAUGAUAGAUGGAAUGGUCUCUUUUUGUUUUUUUAAUUCUAUCUAUAUUGUUUAAUACGUGAUGACGUCCUGCUUUGAGGUUGAUAAUCAUAACACUACUGUUGACAUGCUAUUAUGUUAAUAUCCCCCUUGGUUGACAACUGUAAAUGAUC